AUGUCGGCGCGGGAAGGCUUACGGCAAUCCUCCGGUUCUGGACCCCUUUCUAGCAACGACGGCAUGGCCCAGGAUCGGCAGCAGGCCGUAGCUACCCCCAUUGCCUCUCGUGUGGUACCCAAGCCAGUCCCGCGGGCACAAACCGAAGACCCCAGAGAGUUCCAAAUCGGCCAAAUCCGAAGACGGUUCAAUCCCAAGGAGACGAGGCAGUCACAUGGAGCGACUCUUCUCAAGUUCAACCUUUCUCCAUCAGAUCCAGACUUUCCGUUUGAUCUAUCGGCGCUAGAGUGCAGUCUCUCGGUACCUGCUGCAUAUCCAGAAGCCAAGCCUUCAUUACUAGUUGGAAAUAGAGACAUUCCGAGAGGGUUUGCUUUCAAUAUCGAAUCUGGUUUUGACGGCCUUGUUCAAGAGAAACCUGAUGGUACGCUCUUGGAGCUGUUGAAAGCUCUUGAUAGAAACCUUGAGUUGUUUCUCUCUGCGCCGAAAGCAGAUACAAUUAAGCUAGUGCCAAAUAAAGAUACCAGACAUCUUUCAGCCCAAUCUCCAAGAUCAAUAGCGCCUGCCAGAGGUACAGGCCCCGCCGCUGAUGCCAGGAAAACCUUGAUUAAGGAUGAUAAACCAAUUCCAAUUUCUACAAAGCCAGUUGAAGUCUUUACAGCACAGCAAAAAGAAGAAGCAUCCAAGAGGCGAGAGAACGAGGUCCGUCAGCUAGAGGCUCGUAUGGGAAGACUCCCACUUUACAAGAAGUCAGGUGAUGGGAUUGCUUAUACACUACCUAUUGAGCCUCGAAGACGAACUGAACUCCCUCCCACUCUGCAGGCUAUGAAAACCGUCCAAUUGUUUGUUCCUUUACUUUAUCCCCUUCAACCUUGCCGUGUCCGCCUUGACGGAACUGGCUCCAAAGAGUCAACCGCUGUUGAGAAAGGAUUUGAGCUAAAGGCAAGUCAACAAAAAGACACUACACUAAUGGGUCAUGUCAAUUUUCUUGCCCAAAAUAUGCAUACACUCUCAAAAACUACGUUCCUUCCAGAGACUCAACCCCUAGUGCCGAUAAUGGCCCAACAACCCCAAUCACAGGAAGAAAAUAUACCCAUAUCAGCAGAGAAGGGAAAAUCAGUUGAGGCACAACAAGACGCUGAACGAAGUCACAUCCAAUACAUCAUCCGGCCUCCAGAAUGGACUAUCAUCAAUCAUGACGAUCACUCCGGUUCUGAUUUCGGAUAUGAUAGUUACGAUUCCGGAGACGAAUCGUCCGAGAACGAGGGCGGUGUAGUUGUUGAGCAUGAACCAGGCGAAGCAUCUCAACAACCUGUCCAGAACUCAGAGCGUGGAACUGCAAUUUCUUUCCCGUUCGUUGAGCUUUAUGGAAUAGAGUUGCUUGAGGUGGCGAUACUAAACAUCUCAGUCAAGUGUGAAAGGUGUAAGGAAGUCAUGGAUGUGAAGGGGUUGAAGAAUGGAGCUGUCAAAUCGGAAAGUUGCAAGAAAUGCGCUACUCCGCUGAGCGUCGGCUUUCGGAGAGAUUUCGUUCAUGCUCACGCUGUCAGAGCUGGUUUCUUGGAUCUUGAUGGCUGCAUCAUCGUUGACAUGUUGCCAAGCACAUUCAUCCCAACUUGUGCUCAAUGCUCCACAGCCUACCCAGCACCGGGUCUCAUCUCGGUCCGCGGUGAAACAACAACCAACGUGUGCAGAGAAUGCCACCAUAAAUUGACAUUCAAGAUCCCGCAGACCAAAUUCCUCCGCAUCUCUUCGGCAGACCGACUCCCUUCCGCAGGACCACGCAGAAAGAAAGAAACCCUUGGACUGACACCUGGCACCGAACUUCCCAAACGUGGACGCUGCCGCCAUUAUACGAAGAGCUAUAGGUGGUUCAGGUUCAGUUGCUGUCAGAAGGUGUAUACUUGUGACAAGUGCCACGACGAAGGCGAGGAACACCCCAAUGAGUGGGCUAAUCGUAUGGUCUGUGGCUGGUGUAGUAGAGAACAGAAUUAUAGGCCAGAGGACUGUGGAUUUUGCCAUAGAACUCUUAUUGGGAAGAAAGGCGGUGGUGGGUUCUGGGAGGGUGGAAAGGGGACGAGGGAUAAGUCCAAGAUGAGCAGAAAGGAUCCGCGGAAGUUUAGAAGGCGCGGAGCUGCGACGAAGACAAAAACUUGA